CCCCGCCCCAACUGGAGAGCACCACGAAUUGACCAAGUGAAGAUAACAACUUUGCGUCAUAAAUUGCGGGGUCCUGAGCCAUGUCUCUGACCAACACAAAGACCGGGUUUUCGGUCAAGGACAUCUUGGACCUGCCUGACACCAACGAUGAGGAGGGCUCGGUGGCCGAAGGGCCGGAGGAGGAGAACGAGGGGCCGGAGCCCGCCAAGAGGGCCGGGCCGCUGGGGCAGGGCGCCCUGGACACAGUGCCGAGCCUGCCCCUGAAGAACCCCUUCUACGACAGCAGCGACAACCCAUAUACGCGCUGGCUGGCCAGUACCGAGGGCCUCCAGUACUCCCUGCACGGACUGGCGGCUGGCGCUGCACCCCAGGACUCGAGCUCAAAAUCUCCGGAGCCUUCGGCCGACGAGUCACCGGACAAUGACAAGGAGACCCCGGGAGGCGGAGGGGACCCUGGCAAGAAACGGAAGCGGCGGGUACUGUUCUCCAAGGCUCAGACGUACGAGCUGGAGCGGCGCUUCCGGCAGCAGCGGUACCUGUCAGCGCCCGAGCGCGAGCACCUGGCCAGCCUAAUCCGCCUCACGCCCACGCAGGUCAAGAUCUGGUUCCAGAACCACCGCUACAAGAUGAAGCGCGCCCGGGCGGAGAAAGGUAUGGAGGUGACGCCCCUGCCCUCGCCGCGCCGAGUGGCCGUGCCCGUUUUGGUCAGGGACGGCAAACCGUGCCACGCGCUCAAAGCCCAGGACCUGGCAGCCGCCACCUUCCAGGCGGGAAUUCCCUUUUCGGCCUACAGCGCGCAGUCUCUGCAGCACAUGCAAUACAACGCCCACUACAGCUCGGCCAGCACGCCCCAGUACCCGACAGCACACCCCUUGGUCCAGGCCCAGCAGUGGACUUGGUGAGGGCCGCCCUUCCGAGACUCGCGGCCCUAGGCCCAGGCCUCAUCCCGCCGGCGGUGGCGGCGGCGGCGAGGGUCGAGGAGGACUCAGUCCUUAUGAUGGUUAUUAUUAUUAUUAAUAUUAUUAUUUUAUUGUAGAGUCGAGUUGACUCUUGGCUCUUUUGGGGAGGCGCCGGAGGUUGCCUGAGUCUCCUUGGAGUGGCAAAUUCCAUCCACCCAGCUCUGCCCCGUCCCUCUCUCAUUUUGAACAUUUGGAGAGGACUGAACUCUAAGCCGUGUUUACAGAAUGUUUGAGCAGCUUCACUUCUUUGCCUCUCCGGGGGGCGGGGGUGGGGGGGACCAAAUCGCGUCCCAGCAUUAACGAACUCACUUGAAAACGAAAAAAGACCAACACACACACACCCGUUAUUGUGAAUUUUGUAAAAUAUAUUUGUGUGAGUAGCGAUAUUGUCAGCAGUCUUCUAAAGCAAGUGGAGAACACUCUAAAGAUAAAGGAUUUUUCACGUUUUUUAAAAUAAGAAAAUGCUAAAUAUUUAUGGCCAUGUAAACAUUAUGACAACUGGUGGCAGAUUUCGGUUUUCGUUGUAAAUAUGCGUGGUGACUGUUGCCAAAAUGACCUUCAGCGUGGGCCUGUUGCCCCUCAGGGCUCAACCCUUUUCUUUGUGGUUUGCUUGGUUUCUUAUGUUUGGUUACCCCUGCUUUCUUUUUUUAUUUUCUUCAGUGCAAACAUUUCUCAAAUAUGAAAAAGAAAAAAAUGGGUAGGCGAGAAGCCCACUGCGCUAUCCUCCGGGUCCUGGGCCCCGGAACUUGGAGCUCAGCGGUUCCGUGCGGGUUCUCAAGAGCGCCGGGCGCUGAAAGCUUUCGAUUUUUUAAAAAAGAAUUUUAAUAAAAAU